AUGCCGGGAAUGCCAGGCAUUCCAGGACCGCAAGGACCCCAGGGAAGGGAAGGUCCAAAAGGGCAGAUCGGUGAAAAGGGAUCCCAAGGAAUGCCGGGUCCAAAAGGAGACAGAGGGCGCGAAGGGCCUCCUGGGAAGAGAGAACUAUCAGGAAUUAUGGGGAUAAAAGGUGAACCUGGACUUGUGGGAAUGAAAGGAGAGCGAGGCAUUGUGGGAAAUCAAGGAAGAAAAGGAAGCAAAGGAGAGAAAGGAGAAAGCGCCAAAGCAAGUUAAGCAAGUGUAGUCUACAAACCAACUCAUAUCAAACGCAUUGCGACAUUUGCCCUAUGCCACAUCAGGUGGCCUCAACUUCCGGUAAAAUAGAGCUGAAAACACGCUAUUUUCUACAGAAUAUUGCUUUUCCUUCUCCAAAGUAGGAGAUCUAUCACAAAUGCACCACCGGUAUUGAACUAAGUGCUAUCUAAGCUACUAGUGGUGAAAAACUUGGGUUAUUUUAUUUAGAUUUCGAUGGGGCAUUUUUGUUUUUUUUUUCCCGUCGGUUUGGAUGUAAAUUUACAAAAGCGUGACCGGUCUUGAAAGCAGCGGGUGGAGAAAAACUGGACUGGAUUGACAGAGAAUGCUCGGAAUAAUAAAUGCACCGCCAAAUUCAAAGAGUUGAAUUAAUUUGCAGCGUUUUGAUAUGUAAUUUGUUGGGAUUCGUGCAGAUUUCAGUGGGGCAAAAUGACUUCGAAGGUUCAUCUUGCUCUCUUUCUUCUCUUCGCUUGUACCGUGACGGUUUCUGCAGUUGAAGACAAUUUUCAAGGCGAAAAUGUUGAGAAAUUCAGCCAGUAAAACGGUCCUUCGUAUACUUACUAGAUUAACAAGUAAGUAAUUUGAAGUGAUGAUGAAUAUUUUAAAAGGAGCUUAAUUAUAUUUUCAACCAGUUCGAUUUCUAAAUUUUCGGAUAUUUAAUAAUUCCUCGUUUUUUCUAUUUAUUCCCGCAGCUUUUUAAUUUAUACGAUUUCAAAGGCCGAAGAGGAGACCAGAGAAUCUGCUCUUGCACACAUAAUUGAAAAGAUAUUGAAGGAAUCAGGCAACGAUACAAUUGCCCGUGAAUGUUGCCUCUAUCCUCCAGCGAACCUUCCUCGGGGAAAAACAUUUUUUCCAAGCGAACGAAGGGAAAGUAAUUCCUUUUAUUAUCGUGAUCACUCCACUCAUCGUAUUCGUGACUGAAUCCCACGAAAUGGAUUUUAGCUGUUUUCGCGUCGUAUCCACUUCAACAACCUCAACAACAUACAAAUCCCUGUCUGUUUUGCGUUUUCGUUCCACUUUCUCGAUCUUUUUUUUCGCAGAGCUGACAGAAUUCUUCCACAAAACGCCGUAGAAGACAUGACAUUCGCUUCGGUCGAUCGCCCAUGUUUAUUUGUGAUGGUACGCUCAGUAGCAUACACUCCAUGUAAUGAUCACUGAAGAGCAAAUGUCCUCAUUUGUGGGCAAUGAGUUUGAUAUGGAAACAAUGUGUUGGAAAUCAGACAGCGUUACUGAUAACGGAAAGAUUAAGGUAAACUAGAAACGCGCUUUAAGUGGACUCUUGUGAGUGAGGUAGAUGAUCUCAAUCGGCAGAAUGAGGUUGAAAAUUCAAAAUUUUGCUAAGAUAAAAGCAAUUUAACAGCAAUGAGGUUAUUAAUCUCUUCCUCCUCUCAGCUUUCAUUCCCGUUAAAGGCAUUAAUUUUCUGUGUUAUUCAACAUCACUAGAGUUGCAGCCCUAUAAAUGUCCUUUUUUUUCUUUCCAGGACUGUGCUUUUAAAAAAGUUGAAGUCGGAUACAGCGCUGAAGGUCUCAUUUCACGGAAGCGUGAGGGUUCAUGGUUAUUCUAAGUGUAAUAGGUGGUGUUUCAAAUUUAAUGGAAACGAAUGCAGUGGACCAAUGACGAUUGAGGCUGUUGUUUACAACGACUGGUCAUCAGGGAACCCUAAUCUGCAUCAUCAUCGGUCAUUCAAGGGGUACUUGUGA